AUGUUGCAUGCCAUUUUCAAUGUCGCUGCAUUUACCUCUCACGGAUAACGCCCCCAGUGAGGUGGACGUUUUGUGUACUACGUCAUCAUCCUUAGUAACCCUCGGUAGCGUCUUGGAGAGCUAAGGAAACAAGAUGGGAUUGCUGUCAAUUUUGCGCAAACUGAAGAGCACACCUGACCAGGAGGUGCGAAUACUCCUUCUGGGACUGGACAACGGCGGCAAGACUACGCUGUUGAAGCAACUGGCAUCUGAAGAUAUCAGUCAUAUUACUCCAACACAGGGGUUCAACAUAAAGAGUGUGCAGUCCCAAGGCUUCAAGUUGAACGUGUGGGACAUUGGUGGUCAGAGGAAGAUCAGACCAUACUGGAGGAACUACUUUGAAAAUACUGAUACACUGAUUUAUGUUAUUGACAGUGCUGACAGGAAACGUUUUGAAGAAACUGGACAGGAGCUGGCAGAACUGCUGGAUGAGGAGAAGCUGAGUGGGGUGCCCGUUCUCAUCUUCGCCAACAAACAAGAUCUGCUGACGGCUGCUCCCGCCUCGGAGAUUGCCGAGGGCCUCAACCUGCACACCAUCCGGGACCGCGUGUGGCAGAUCCAGUCAUGCUCUGCCCUCACUGGAGAGGGAGUACAGGAUGGCAUGAACUGGGUGUGCAAAAGCGUCAACGCUAAGAAAAAGUAACGCAGAUUCCUCCUCUUCAUGUCUUCACCGUGCCGGACAGUGUGUAUGGCCGAAUGUACAAACUAAAAAACACUAAGAACUCAAGGAAUCUUUAACCACUGUGGCCCAAUGCUAGUGAAGACUGAUCCUCACUACACCCAUCUCACUGGAACCGCUCCUCAGCUCUUCCCAUCAGGGCCCGCAAUGGUUGGUGUCGUUUACAAUAGUGAAACCCUUCGAUUUGAAACCACUGUGUACAGCUCCGUGCCCACAUACGCCUGACAACAUAGCUACAUCAUGUUAGCUGUGUCUGCUAGCAUGUUCCCAUAGCAUUCCCAAGUCAGAUUCAUGCAGUGUCUUAAGAUGGAGGGUUGGGCUAGAAUCAUUCCCCCGUUCCUCCUUUAAGCUCUUCUUGAAUGAGCGUAUAAGAGACUGACAUGAUGGCAGUAGACAGUGAUCCUAGGGCCCUACACAUUGGGAGUCGGAAGAGGCUGAACUGAAUGUAGUCCAUGGUUCCUACACACACAUGCGACUGUACUGGAAACAUCCGGCCAUUCCAAAUAAUCUGAAACUUUGUCAAUUAUGAUAGAAAUUUUGUAAACGUAUUGAAUUUUUGUGUUCCACAGAAUUACCAAAUUGCUGUUCUUCUCGUACUAUUUUAAUGUCACCACGGAAACAUCUAGCUUCACAUUAGUUCACACAAAGCCUUGUUUGCAGUAUAAUCACUCUCUGUUGGGCAGAAGCCUUGGUUGGGAAGGUGUUUUUUUUUUUUACCAUUCGUUGGGCUUUCUGUAAGGCCCCAAGCCAAGCUCCAUGGCAAUGCUCGAUACACGCCGGCCCAAACCUCUCUCCUGUCACCUCCAGAUGAGCUGGCCCAGUGCUACAGAGUUCAGAGAGUGAUUCUCCUCCUUUUCCUCCUCAUGUCUCGUUCUCUGAAAAGCCGAUGGCAGAAGUCUUUUUAUUAUUGUGAGAUCGUGUCUGACUUUGUGCUCUCUGCAAGUAUAUUUUUGUAUCUUUUAUUUAUGGUGAUGUAGAGGUUAGGGCGCUUGAACGUGACUGAGAUAUUUUUAGAUUGGUUUGGAGAAAUACAAUUUACUGUGCUUAAACACUUGUGAAAAGAUAAUAAAUAUUAAUUUCUAAAAAUGAAA